GAAAAAGACACUUCGAUAUCGAAGUGGCAUGAAAAGAGUGUUUCCCAUUUUGAUAUGGUAUUGUGAGAGCAAUCGAAUCAAAUUUCCAAGUCUGCUAUUCCAAAAUCCCUGGCGCGGCAAGUCGAUUCUGGAGGGUAGCAGAGACAUUAACUGCAGCUGAUGUGACUUCAUGGCAGGCGAGAAUGGCUGACAGAACAUUAUCCGACUACAACGACAUUUAUUUGAAGGGAUGCAUGUUUUCUUUCUCUUAGAGAAGACGCAUACAAAUUGUCUAACGAAGCAUAAAUGGUAAAAUAUAUAUCCUUACGCAGUUGAGGCCGAGCUGAUUAGAAGCUGAGGUGGAUAGCCCACGCAGCAAUUUUUUUGCGUAAUUCGCAGCAAGAAUUCAGAUUUGACAGACAGAAGAUACUGUGAGACUAUACGCAUUAUGCGUAGGAAACGAUUUCAAAACAUUUCCUGGAUUUUAUUUCGGCGUUGAGAAUACGAAAGAUAUUUUUUACUAACCCGUGUUCUAUCGCUGUGAAUAUCAGUGACUACAGAUGAUCACAUUCCCCCCCCGAACAUCACAGAAGCUAUCAGGCUAAUGGUAGCCGCUGUGAGGAGCUAGAGUAACCAAACCCCGGGGAUUUCAGAGUUGGAAUAGAAUGCUGCUCUAUCAACAUGUAUUACAUUCAACGGAUGACAAGGUCCAAAACAAAUCUACAGCAAACUUUCAGCGCUGAUAUGACGCUGGGGUUUAAAUAAGAUUUUUGAAACUGUCCGAGAACUGACACAAAAUACAGGUGCAAACUGAUCAGCUGGUUUGUUGAAAUUACUUGGUCAGCGCUGACGCUGUCUGAUGAUGGAUCAAACUGCAUAGCCAAAUGCCAUUUUACUUUGCGUCGACUUGACGUUUGGAGCUGCAACACAUUGGGUCAGUUGUCUAACAAGAAGUUCGGAUGAAAGUAAACAUCUGGUGCAAUGUUAAACUACAUGGUGCGAAGCGUAAUGUACUAUUCGUGCUAAAGCGUAUGGGUCCUGCGUACUCAAGCUCCCGACUCCCACACAAAAAGGAUUCUCUGUGUUGCUGGGGGUGCAGUGCAGUAGCUGUCACAGCUCCACAUCUGGCUACUGGCUGUCUAGUUAACUAGCUAAUUAGCUAGCUAACUGUCUCAAACUCUGUGGUCUCUCUGUUGGGUAGCUAGUGAAUUAGUUCCUGUAUCAUUCGAGAGAAAGAUUGCUUUGUGAAAUCACUUCGGUGGUUAUCGUGUUCCGAAGAGGCCUGCCUGUAUUUUGGACAAUAUCUGAGAUCAAUCGAAACGUUUGAAUUGGUCCAGUGCUGUUUUCUAAAGGAAAACACUUACGGAUUUUGCGUAAGGCACGUGUUUUUUAAAGGCAGAGUUAGGGUGACAUUGCGGUCUCUUUAUAUCGAAUAUAACGUCGCCCGACAAAAAGGGAAAGUGGGACAUUGUCCAUCAUACGUAUUAACGCAGUGGGAUUUUUACGUCUGGUCCGCGUUUCCACCCACCCCUCCCGCGUUGACGGUGAUGGGUCGGAAGCGGUGUGUCGGUGCAGAUUGUUCCAAGAUGGCGGCUGGGUGCUGCGGGGUGAAGAAGCAGAAGCUGUCGGGAUCCCCCGGGUCGGGGGGUCCUGGCGGGGUGGGUGCGGGUAACGGGGUGGUAGGGACUGGACAUUGUGGCUCGGACUUGGGGAUUGGUUCCUCCUCGACUGUGGUGGCAGGGAGCAUGAAUCGAGUGAACGGCCUGGGGGGUCCUGGGGGUAGUAGUAGUAGCACCAACGCAUUGUCCCCAGCCCCAGGAGGCUACAACUCAACUGGCAUCUCCCCGAAUCUUAGCCCGGGAUGUGGUUCGGGAAGUGGAGGCAGGAAGAUGGUUGUUUCAGCGGAGAUGUGCUGCUUCUGUUUCGACGUGCUUUAUUGCCAUCUGUAUGGAUACCAACCUCCCCGAACACCCAGGUUUACAAACGAUCCCUACCCGCUGUUCGUCACAUGGAAAAUAGGCAGAGACAAGCGGUUGAGGGGAUGUAUAGGUACAUUUUCUGCCAUGAACCUGCACUCAGGACUCAGGGAGUACACCCUUACCAGUGCCCUUAAAGACAGCCGCUUUCCUCCCAUGACGAGGGACGAGCUGCCACGCCUCUUCUGCUCAGUGUCUCUGCUCACCAACUUCGAGGACGUCGGUGAUUACCUUGACUGGGAGGUGGGUGUUCAUGGCAUUAGGAUAGAGUUUUUCAAUGAAAAAGGAUCAAAGCGCACCGCCACCUACCUACCAGAGGUCGCAAAAGAGCAAGGAUGGGACCACAUUCAGACCAUAGAUUCCUUACUACGAAAGGGAGGCUACAAAGCUCCCAUCACAAAUGACUUCAGGAAGACCAUUAAGUUGACCAGGUACCGUAGCGAGAAGAUGACGAUGAGCUAUGCGGAGUACAUCGCCCACCGCCAGCACCAUCACUAUCAGAACGGCACCGGGCAUCCUCUACCCCCAUACAACCAUUAUUCCUGACAGCGAGCCGCAUGACCAAUCACUGAACCUCUCUGCGGACCUUUUCCCAGGAGAGCCCGCCCCCUCCUGGUCUAGCUAUCUCUACUACUGUACCAUUUUAUGAUGAUAGUUUCCGUUGCCAUGCUGACGCUCUCUCAGACGUUGACGUGGCAACGGGUGGCAAAAUAAGCAUAAAUUGAUAAUGACGAGAAAAAACUAAACUUUUUUUCCUUUUUAUCCUCCUAUUGAUUUAGUUUUUGCAGCAUAUAUAUUCAUAUCUAUAAACCCUUUCGUUCAUAUUUUUGACAAGUAAACGAAUACUAGAUUUUCUUAAACUUUGAUUAUUUUCAAAGAAUCCUAAUCAGGUUUUUGAUUCUGUGGAUGGAAGCAAGUCAUAUAUGGUGGACUAGUCUUGCAUAAUGGUAUAUGCUCAUAUUUUGUGUAGGCUUUUCUACAGUGUUCCCUUCUAUUAGGAAAAUGUGUUUUUCUGUUGAAUCCCUUCUUAGUAGCCUGAUUGACAUUGUGUGUAUCAUGUAGCAAGCCAUCAGCAGUUCUGGAAUGUUGCAUCAUUUCCUCAAUUUUGCGAUUCCUCUCAAAAAAGUAUUGACUGUUAAGGUUGGUUUGGCCUUUGUAAACCGUUGUAGUGAUGUAAUUGAGUAGGUGUUGGGACUUGUAUACCCAAGAUUAUACAUUGUGGGGUUGUGAUGCCACACAAACAAUAUUAGCUGGUCUUUAUUGCGUUACCCUACAAACCUGGUUGCUUUUCUGUGUGUGGUUAGCUGUUUGUUAAGUGCACAUCUGACAGGACAUUGACAGUGCUAGAUUAAAUUAGGAAUAGGAUCUUGUCAAAAUAUUUCCCACGAUGCUUGACAGAGCCUUUCAUUUCCACCCGGUUGUUCAUGGUGUUUUUGAUAAACACUUCUAGACUUUAUUAUUAUUAUUAUUUUUUUUAAAUUGAACCUUUAUUUAACUUGGCAAGUCAGUUAGGAACAAAUUCUUAUUUACAAUGACGGCCUACACGGGCCAAUUGUGCGCUGCCAUAUGGGGACUCCCAAUCAUGGCCGGUUGUGAUACAGCCUGGAUUCGAACCAGGGUGUCUAGUGACGCCUCAAGCACUGAGAUGCAGUGGCUUAGACCGCUGCGCCACUCUGUAAGUUUAAUUGAAUUUGUCCGGCUACAGUUGUUAUUUUCCCCCUCAUUAAAACUUGAGAAAUCUAUGGAGGAAGCCAUUUUAGCUUCAAAUUAGGUUCUGUUCUUUGUCAUUUUGAAUCGGGCGAGGAAUGGAUGUGAUCUACAGGGCUGGAGGGUGUGGUUGGGUUGGAGAGUUGACUGCAGAGUGCAGAUAAAUAAUGAUCCAAGUCAUUGACCUCUGAGAAAAAGGCCUUCAUCCUAUUAUUCCAUGCCAGUUGGUUUGAGAGGAAAAACCAAUGAAUGAGACUUGAGUCUAGUGACGGGCGCAUGCUAGAACUACUAAAAGCCAUAUUCUCUCUUUAAUGCAUGCUUUGUAAGAGUGGUCGGCUUUUUCUGUUUGCUUUUCUCCCCUCUAAUAAGUAACUUCUCCGUGUUUACUUCCUCUACGAGUCAACUUUAUUCUGGUGGCUUUGGUCCCAAAAGUUGUUUCCCCUCCGAUUGUGCUCUGUGCUUGGUCCUGGUUAGGAAUCUGGGCCUGUGAGACAUUAUCUGGCCUUCCUCUAGUUACUCUGUGGACGUGGGUUAGCAUCAAGGUUUGAACUCCUUUGUCCUGUUUGUGGCCUCCUCACCUCCACUGGUUCGAUACCAUUUUCACUGAAGCUCGUGGCCACAAUGACACUUAAUUCUGCUUGAUGUAAUCAAUGUUUACAUCCACAUAUGUUACAAGCUUGAUGACUGCCCGGUUGCCAUAGAUGUGCACUUUCAUGUGCUCUCGUCAAACGUUAGGGGCUGCUGUGGAGGCUACUGGACUGAGUAGCUAGCUAACGUUAAACCCCUGGCUCAGAUCGUCGUCGGUUGAGUUGUUCAAAUCACCCCUCCGUUAUUUCCUUUUCAUGACAUGCUGCUGUUGAGGUGCUUGCUGGUUUCAGGACAAGUUACUCUCCGUCUCUGUGCCACUAGAAACCAUGCAUAGAGUGUUGGUCUGUUGUCAGCUGGUUUGCAGCAGCCUUUGGCUGAGUUGGUGGGAACCGAUGCAGAGGGAACAAGUAAAGGGUGGAUCAAGCUGCAUUUAAUCAAACUCUACAUAAAGAGCCAGGGCUUUUAAAAGAGCAGGGAAUACAUUUCCCUUCCCCCUUCAAGUAUUCUUCAUUGUCAGUCACAUCCACGUCCAGUAGUUGGUAUGUUUUAACAAGUGUCGUUGAGGGUUAUCUCGUGACCUCUGUGUAGUGUACAGGAUUUGAUUUGUGUUUUUUGUGGUGACUGACAGUUUUGAGGGGUGCUUGUAAAAAAAAAAAAAAAAAAAAAAAAAAAAAAAACAUUUUCGUAACAGCCUUUACCAACUGACAGUAGGGUAAAUCAUUUUAUUUAAUUUUUAUAUGCAAAAUGUUAAGGGCUUUUGGCACUCCAUCCACAGUAACCCAGAUUUCAGUUGUGUUGCCUUAACAAAUUAUUAAAUAAAUGUGGACCGGUAAAAUGGUGCCCUGAGUGUUCCUCUGUCCCGUACUGUACUGUCGUCUAACCCUGACCUCAACCUACAGGGCAGUGAAGGUGAACCGGAUUCACCCAUUCACCCUCGGAUAGACACGUUAUCCUAGUGGCAGGCAGAUGGGAAACGUUUGUGGUCAGACAGGCUACUUCAUUAAUAUAGCCUAGUGUAGAAGUGGUUCAGAUGAUGUGCAAAUAAGCUAAUCUCACCUGUUCACUGUGGUUCCCUGCUCAGAGAUUGGAUGGCCUUUCCAUCAUAUCCUCUUGGGGUUAGGGAACUGAUGCCUCAGACCAUGCUGCUUAGUAAUAUUGACAGGAUAAAUUGGCCUACUUAAAGAGAGAUUUUGGCCUUGUAGUUUGUCACCAAAACAGUUUUCAGAGAACUGUGGGAAAAGCUGUCCUUGCUGUUGAACAGUCAGGUACCCAUUUUUUGGUCCAUUAAAUACAGCACAACCUGAACUUUUUCUGGUCAUGCUGCAAAACCAAGUCCACCGCUGUCUUUUACAUGCUUGCUGAUUUAUAGGUAUACACACAUGCAAUCCAUUCUGUUGCAUGUGUGUAUGUGUAUAAAACAUGCAGAAUGGUUUAAUCCAUGACAUGCUUGAUCUACGACGUAGAGACUCAUAACUCGUAAAAAAAUAAAUAAAAUGGUGCUAUUGGACCUCGUGUUGGGGCGGUCGCGGGUUUCGUGACUGGUCAUGCGGAAUCAUCGAUCAAAUCCGACUUAUUAUCCUUGAUAUAUGCAGAUCUGUUCAACAGGUGUUUUUUCCCUACCAGUGUAAGUCAACACCCUGCAGGUUUGAAAGGACAAGAAGUCCCAACUAACCCCCCUCCUCCCUUCUCUACCCCCAACUCCCUGCCUCAUGGCCUUGAGGUUGAAGGUGAAAUCUGUCGUUCAGUAGAUGGUGUCAUCAGAAGGGAACAUUCUCUCCUACGCUGGGACAGUAAAGAGUUGGAGUGAACAGGGCUGUCACCCCUGACACUCCAUCGUAGGCCCUUUCCUUGCCCAGCCCACGACUGGAUGUUCCAACAACACUUCAUGUUUUACCUCUGUAUUAAAUUGUUGUUGCAGCUGUCCUGUACCCUAUACUCAUCCAUGGGGUUGAUUAACAGCUUAAAGGAAAGGUUCUGACUGAAGGCUCUCAACUCUUACGAACUGCCUCAAAGGAAGUCCAGCGUUUUUAGCCUUCUUGAAUAUUGUCAUGCAUGUACAGUAAGUCUCUAUAACAGUGGAUUCUUUAAGCUAAAGUCCAUGUUGCGACUUGGCUGGACAUGAGGGUGGGUUUAACUGGCAGGUUUAGUGACAGCCGGACGAGUGAUUGCUGACUUCAUCAGGAUGCUCACAUAAUUAUUGUAUAAUGUUUGACUGAGACCAUUUGUUAUCAUUAAUGUAUAUCAGAGGAGCCUGGUGGGAGGAGCUAUUGGAAGAUGGGCUCAUUGCAAUAAAUGUAAUGCUAUCAAACAUAUAGAAAACACGUUUGACAAUGAGCCCGUCCAAUAGCUCCUCCCACCAGCCUCCUCUGAAGUAUGUUACUUUCACAUGGAAAUGACUGAACAUUGUCAUUUUUUUAAACUUCAAGUCGAGAUGCAUGAAUACCAGUCAAAUGUGAUUCUGGCUGCUCAUUUGCAGCACACCUCUGCCCAUUGUUCAUACUGACACAACUAGGAUAAUGUUAAAGACAGAAUGUCAUUUGGUUCCAUACCGGGGUUAGGGUUUAGUCCCAGCAUUCCUUGUAUGUAUAUGCAUAUAUCUUUGUUGAAUGCUUAAUCUCAUAUUACCUUUUGUAUGUUCGACCGAACCAAAGAUGCCUCUGGCCACGUCCACAUGCUGCUCUUCAGGCCUGGCUUCCUGUCCUUCCAAAAAACACCCCUGCAAGAGACAAAAUAACUUUUUUUCUGUCUGUUUUUCUUUUUUUGUACAAUUUCUAACUUUCUUUCGCAACUACUUAUUCAAUGAAUUUUUGAUUCUGUUUGAAGCCUUACCAGGCAUCAAGGAUAGUGAAAUUACCUGGUUGCACAGUUUAUUUUGUCAUAGAUUUUUUCAUUAUAAUUUGUGCAACAAAAAAUAAAACCCCAUAGCGUGCCUCCUA